AUUUACAUUGAAGUACAGACUAGUGUAUACAGUAAAAAAAUUAAUGAUUUAGUCGUUAUAAUUACAUGGUUUUUAUUAGAUUUGAUCCAUACUUAGCUCUUUUAUGCAUUUUAACAGAAUAAAUGACAUUUUCGUAACGUAAAUUAGUGUAUCAAACCAGUUUAUUACAAUUUUAUAAAAAAGCAGCUAAAAUGCCGUUUAUGCUUGGUAAAGCACCUAUACGAAGGUCCUUAAAGUAUUUAAAUGCUGGUAGAUUAAUUUUAAAAGACGAAAUACAGAUAUUUUCUAUUAAUUAUAACACACAUGGAGAACAUCACAAAGGAAUUAGGGAUUUUAUAUUUUGGCAUCUUGGCCAAGUUCAACAUAAAAAUCCAAACGUGCAGGUUGUUACUUUUAAAAACAUAACACCAACACCUUUUGUAAAAUGUUAUUAUCGCAAUGGAAAUACUAUGUUGGUUGAUGUAGAUAGCAAAUCUAAGGAUGAUAUAUUAAUGCAUCUUCGACAAGUAGUUGGCAAAUCAAGUGAUGUUCUGAGUGAAGAAGAGAUACGUCAUGAAAAGAAAGAUAAUCCUGCAAACUUUGGUGUUGGUUGUCUUCGAACCUGUAUUUGUGUAAUACCUGGUCAGAUACCAUGUCCCUCUAUUAUACCUUUACCAUAUCAUAUGCGUGGAAAAUAUAUAUUCCAAAAGAAGGGCGAGGAAUCAUAAUGUAAUAAUUGUUUCAUAAAUACAAUAAAAAUUAUUAUAUAAAAUU